GGACGACGCCGUUGCCAUGGCAGCGACCAGGGCGCCAGGCUAGGGUUUGCUGGGGAUUCCAGCGGCGGCCAGCGAGCCAGCCGGCGUCAGUUCGAUGAGCCGACCAGACCCAGGGGCUGAAGCUGCGACGCCUGAGACUGGACUAAAGAGCUGCUGGGUGUCAGGCCCGCACAGACAAGAAGCCGGGCCCCUGGAUGAUGAGCCUUUGACCCUGAGCCCUGGACACACUAGGAUACGCAGCUCUGCCAUUCAACAUCUGCACUGAGGGGCCGGAGCAUGGCACACCUGCUGGGCAGCCAGGCCUGCAUGGACAGCCUGCGGAAGGACCUCACCGACCUGCAGGGCGCCAUCGUGGACGUCUUCUCUCGGGCUGGGCCCGUGCGCUUCCCCUCCUGGAAGUUCCCGGAUCGUGUGUCCUGUGACCUGGACAUGGUGGCCCUGCUAGAGCACUAUGACCACGUGCCCGGGGACCCCGAGUUCACGCAGCUGUCCCACGCUGUGCUGCUGGAGCUGGUUAUUGACAGGCUCCUGCUGCUGCUGCAGAGCUGUGCCAGCUACUUGGAGAACCUGGGCUCUGAGCAGGUGAUGCCCCCUGCCCGGGCCGUGGGACCCUGCAUGUCCGUGGGGCUCACCGUGCGGCGCUUCUGGAGCAGCCUGCUGAGACUGGGCAUGCUCUACCAGCCCAUGGCCCCCCAGCCACUCGGCGGGAAAGACCUCUCUCAACAAGAUGGCAAGGAAAAGACCGGGAGCAGCUUCGGUGACAUGAGAAAAAGGGCAAGCCCAGGGGACACCCCCACGUCCAAGCCCACAGCCAAAGGGGAGCCAGCCAGGAGCCCUGAAUUGGUGACUGCCAAGUUCCUCAAGGCCGCCGCCGACCCCGGGCCUGGCCUGUCCCCAUCCGGCCAGGAGCCCGAAAGCCUCCCUGGGCAAGUGUCCCCAUACUCUGCGGCCAGGGCCACCACGGAAGAGCCCCAGAGUGUCCACUGCCAGACCGUGGAAACAGCCCUGGUGCCCUGCGAUGCGUGCGCCCGCGUGCAGGGCAGCCUGCAGGAGGUGGGCAAGGUGCUCAUCGGCCUGUGCCAGAGCCAGAACCUGCCGUCGGCCCUCAGCCAGUUCCAGCCGCUCGUUCAGGACAGCAUGGGGCUCAGGCCCCUGCCGGCCUCCACCAUGGCCCAGUGGGCCACCGAGCAGAGCAAAGACCUGACGCACCUCAGCAAGCACGUGGGGGCGCUCACACAGCUGGUGGGUCCCCUCCGGGCCCAGCUGGAGGAGGCCGAGGCCCAGAAGGAGGAACUGAGGGAGCGGGUGGGCCAGCUGGAGCAGGCGCUGCGGCAGGAGCAGGGCGAGCGGCAGAAGCAGGCAGACGAGGCGGAGCGGCACCAGGUCGCCUGCAAGGCCGAGCAGCAGCGGCUGCUCACAGAAACAAGUGACCUGAAGAUGAAGGUGACCACGCUGGAGGGGGAGCUGAAGCAGCAGCGGGAGACCACGCAGGACGUGGAGACCAAGGCCCAGCAGCUGCUGGAGGAGGAGGCACGCAGGGCAGAGGCCGAGAGGCAGGUGCGGCAGCUGGAGGAGCAGGUGCAGCUGCUGUCCGGGCGGCUGGACGGGGCCAGCCAGCAGAUCCUCUGGGCCAGCACGGAGCUGGACAAAGAGAAGGCCCGUGUCGACAGCAUGGUCCGCCACCAGGAGUCCCUGCAGGCCAAACAGCGGGCUCUGCUGCAGCAGCUGGACAGCCUGGACCAGGAGCGGGAGGAGCUGCAGGGCAGCCUGGCUGAGGCCGAGGCCGAGAGGGCCCAUGUGGACGGGCAGCUGCAGAACCUGCAGAGUGAGAGGGAGCAGGGGCGCUGCCAGCUCCAGGCCCAGCAGGAGCUGCUGCAGAGCCUGCAGCGGGAGAAGCAGGACCUGGAGCGCACCACCACGGACCUGCGGCUGACCAUCUCGGAGCUGGAGCGGGAGCUGGGGGAGCGGAGCGAGCGAGAGCGGCUGCUGGUGGCCUUCCCAGACCUGCACAGGCCCAGCGAGGCCCAGAUCCAAAGCUCCGGCGAUGUCACCGACGACAUGGAGAGGCAAGUACAGGCCAACAGCAUCCGCAUCCGGGUCCUCCAGGAGGAGAACUGGCGGCUUGAGUCCAUGCUGUCCAAAAUCCGGGAGGUGGCCCAGCAGGGGGGCCUCAAGAUGGUCUCACAGGACCAGCUCUGGCCAUCCCCCAACAAGGGGGCCCGGGGAGCGUCGCCCUCCACCCAGGCCACGAGGGCCUCCCCAGGGCCCCCAAGCAGGAGGGUCUCCCCUGGAAGCCGGACAAGCAGCUCGUCGGGCCGCACCCUGCCGGGCCAGCCCCGCUUCGGGUCUCCCCCGCUGCCUCCCCGCAGCUACCAGCCCAGCAGGGCCUCCCUUGAAGAUGUGGCCCCCUCGGCUACGCCCUCCACCACCUGCGCCCACAACCCCAUCCGGGCCCUGGCCAGGCUGCGGAGGAGACUCUCGCCCAACAGGGGCCAGGUGGGCUCCACCCACCCGCCCUAGGAGCACUGGAGCCAGGGGCCUAGCGGGGCAGGAGGCUGGCAACUCAUCAGUGCAAUAAAACCCAGAC